GGAGCUCCAUCCCAUCGAGAGUUCACAAGCCGACGAGAAGAACUCGGAGAAAAAGGAGAAGAAGAACAAUAAGCAGGAGAAAGAAAAAGCAUCGGACAAGAAGGACAAGAAGAAGAAGAGGAAGCAUGGGGACUCGGACGAAGGGGCGAAGCCAGAUCAAACGGAGUUGGAGGAGGGGAAGAAGGGUGAGGAGGUGAGUGAGGGAUCGGAAGGAGGAAGUGCUGUGGUUGUCUCUGGGAACAACACGAAGGAUUCUAAGUACAAGGCUCUGAGAUCGUUUGCCGAUUCCGGGCUUCCAGGUGACGUUCUUGACUGCUGCAAGAACUUCGACAAACCAUCACCAAUUCAGUCACAUGCUUGGCCUUUCCUCUUGGAUGGGCGGGAUUUCAUUGGGAUCGCUGCAACUGGAUCCGGUAAAACUCUGGCAUUUGGUGUUCCAGCUCUGAUGCACAUUUUGCAGAAGGACAAUAAGAAAACAUCAAAGAAAGCUGUUCCUCGCUGUCUUGUUCUGUCACCUACAAGGGAGCUAGCUCAACAAAUUGCGGAUGUCCUUUGUGAUGCUGGGACUCCAUGUGGCAUCAAAUCAGUUUGUCUGUAUGGUGGGACUUCCAAAGGACCACAAAUUUCUGCUCUGAAAUCUGGAGUUGAUAUAGUUAUUGGGACCCCUGGUCGUCUGAAAGAUAUGAUUGAAAUGGGUAUUUGCUGCCUCAAGGAGGUGACUUUUGUGGUUCUUGAUGAAGCAGAUCGAAUGCUUGACAUGGGAUUUGAACCAGAAGUACGCUCAAUAUUAAGCCAAACAUCCCCUGCCCGCCAGAUGGUAAUGUUCAGUGCAACAUGGCCACUUGCUGUUCACCAGUUAGCCCAAGAAUUCAUGGAUCCAAACCCUGUUAAGGUGGUUGUUGGAUCACAGGAUCUUGCAGCUAAUCACGAUGUGAUGCAGAUUGUUGAGGUCUUGGAUGAUUAUUCACGAGAUUCACGUUUAAUUCAGGUGUUGGAAAAAUACCAUAAAUCUCAAAGGAACAGGGUUUUGGUUUUUGUCUUGUACAAGAAGGAAGCAGUUCGUGUUGAGAAUAUGCUCCAGAAGAGGGGCUGGAAGGUUGUCUCUGUGCAUGGUGACAAAGCUCAACAUGACCGAACAAAGGCUUUAUCUUUAUUCAAGGAGGGAAAAUGUCCUUUAAUGAUUGCCACUGAUGUAGCUUCCCGAGGAUUGGAUAUCCCUGAUGUUGAAGUGGUGAUCAAUUACAGCUUUCCACUAACCACUGAAGAUUAUGUCCAUAGGAUAGGGAGGACAGGGCGUGCUGGUAAGAAGGGAGUUGCGCACACCUUCUUCACUCAGGAGAACAAGGGCCUUGCUGGAGAACUCGUCAAUGUUCUCCGAGAAGCUGGGCAGAUUGUUCCUGCAGCCCUUACCAAAUUUGGUACUCAUGUGAAGAAAAAGGAGUCCAAGCUUUAUGGAUCACAUUAUAGAGAAAUUACAGCGGAUGCUCCCAAGUCCACAAAGAUUACCUUCACCAACUCAGAUGAUGAAGAUUAAUUAGCGACACCACACCUCUGAUUGCCCGUUAUCAGGACGAGCAGCAUUUAACUUGUUUGACUGCUCGGUUAAAUCUGCCAUCACCUGGUCCUGCACUCAAUAGAUCCUAAGCCUGCAUGGCUACUGCGUACUCGAAUUUGAAGUGGACCCAUGCUACAAUUAAUGCGUGGGAAGCAUGGUCGAAGUUGCUGGGAUGGCUUAAGCAUAUUCGUAUUUUCAUUGAAUGUUUGUUAUUUUUCUAUAAUUUAUUGUUAUCUAAAUUUGUUUACGCCUGAUGAUUUGGAGUUCUCUAGAAUUUUUUGUUAUCUAAAUUCUGUUAUAGGAUGUGGAUUGAUGAUUUGGAGUUAUCUGAAAAUAUGUAAUUGUUUUUCAUGGUAAACACAAAUUCAUGAAAAUAUCAACAAUUUUGGUAGCAAUGAAAUUACAGCGUAGACGUGAUUUGUGUC